CACUGAAAAAUAAAAGGAAAUUGAAGGUGUAUUUUCAAUUGAAAAAUCUUUCUGCUUAACAGGAGCGGGUGCAGAAAACUCAAAUAAAACUCUAGGUCUCUGUUGUUCCGUACUGAUUCACAGCUUUACAUUUCUCGUGAUAAGGUGUGGCAAAAUGAAUGAUGCGGUUACUACCUACAGCUUUAGUUAUUGUUCUGUCCUGCUUCUUUGGCAGGCACAACUGCAUGGAAUGUGUACCAAGUGCUUCAGUUCAUUGCAUGUCAUUUUCUUCUGCCCCUCUUGUAGGGUAGCAAUUUUGAGAGACAGGGUGAAUAAAUACCACAUGAAAUACUUAAAUCACAAGAGGCCUUUAGUUUCCCUUCAAGAGGGCAGUUUGCAAAUCAUUGCCAGAUAGCUUCCCCAUUCUGAAAACAAAAACCUUGUUUCUUCACAUUUUUUUUCUUUGUUUUUCCUUUUAUAUUGAUGUAAACUUUAGUCCUGACUUUUCAGUGCUAGCAGGUUUGGGCAUACAUUCUUUAGUUAUCUUUUAGCUGAGCCACUGAUACUGACUGCACUCUUAAGAGUGCUUAUAAGAUUAAACAGGAUGCAAGAUUUACUUUGAGAUACUGAUGUUUUAAUAGUUUAGUAUAGACAUUAUAGGAGCAAUCUGAGUUGUGGGCAGCUGACAGGAGCAAACUUUUUUAAGUAUCCUCUAAAAUAUUUAUGCCAUGUGUCAGUGUAAACCUGUAUGUUCGUUCACUUGCAUCUUAUCAGUGAACCUUCUUUGCUGCUGGCUUGGAAUGUUUUUCCUUUUAUUUCUCCAUAUUUAUUUGGUUAAUUUCCAUGCAUCAAGUAGUUUGUAUAUCCCUAGAAAUAAUCUUCUUUUAUUAGCGAUGGAAAAACCAAGCAGAAAACCACUAACAGAAUACAUUGUCCUGCUGUUCUGUAUUCUGAUUUUUCUUUUGCUAUGUAGUGCUGAAUGUUUGUGCCCUGUACUUGUUUGCUGUCCCUGAUUGUUGAUAAAAUCAGAUAGUGGCAUGGUCAUUUUAGAGACUGACAUGUCACUUCUGAUAUGCUUAUCUCUCAGUCUUGAUUCAGUCCAUGUGUAUGCAUGGAGGAGCUUCAGUGUCUUUCUAGCACUGGAGGCUGAGGAUAAUGUACAACCUGUAGUAAUUGUUUCCUGCAGUUGUACGCAGCACUUGCUGCUGGAGGACUGAGGUGUUGGAAACCCUCAUGCAAUUUGGCAGCCACACAGAGGUAGGAGAUGGUCUUGUAUUAAAAGGCAUUGCAGUGUUUGCGUGCUGAAAUUGCCAUGCAAAUGUGAUGAAAAAUCUGCAAAUGGCUACUUGUCUUUAAAGCAAGUUGUAACAACUUGGCAGUCUAAAGCAAAAUCUGAGAGGUCUUGCCCAUCUGAACCUUUUAGGAUUAGAUGUCCCAGGAUUUUGCCUGUUCUAGCAUCUACUUCCAUCUAAAGUAGUAGGUCUUCCUAUUAAAUGGGCCCGCAUAAGAACUGUUGGCCUUUUUAGUCACCCAGUGACUGCAGUUAGUGUAGGCAGGGUGUUGUUUCUAUGCUACACUGGACUGCUGCCUUUCCAGAACAACUUCAGGGACACAGAGUUUAGUUUGUGUCAUGGUUUUGAGGGGUCUUGUUUGUUUUUUUAUUUAAAGAAGGGGGAUUAAUUAGGAAUGGUGUAGUGAGAACAGUGUUUUCUCAUUUUCUGAACAUUGUUGUAUGCAUUACAGAACUUGUGCUGAGCUUGACAAUCAGAGAAUGGGGUGAUUGACUGGAGUUUUGAACAUCUGAAAUGAAAACUGCAAUGUGUGAGCAUGUAACUGUUUGUUAUGAGAUGACUGGGAUAGCAGUGGCCACAUUUUCCUGCAAGGUCAUGUUUAUCAUCCCUUGGGCUCAAAGAAAUACUAGUAGGGUGACUUGGAUGGCAUAUUAAUUACAGUUGCUAUAUUCAGAUGGCUUGAUCUAGAUUUGAAUUGAAUGACAACUCUGGCUGAAGUUCUUCCAUCAGCUUACUUGGAUUGAAGUAGUGUGCUGAGAUCCACUCCCUCCCUCACUGUGACAUCAGCCAGGCAGUGGAGGAGGCUCAUGGGGCAGCUGGGCUGGCUUUGUCUGUGGUGGUCUUCAAGAUGUGGCUGGAGAAAGCCCUGAGUGCUCUGCUCUGAGCUUGGAGCUGACCCUGCUUUUAGCAGGAGUUGGAGUAGAGACCUCUGACAGCCACUUCCAACAUGAAUUAUCUUGUGGUCCUGGAUCAGGACCUGGUUAUGCUGAGCAUUAUGCAGAGGGGUGUUAGUCUGUCCCUAAUCUCCUGUCCCUAGGUUGUCCUGGCAGCUAAAGAUCUUCCAGUAAUAGCGACAGAGAUGGAUGGUGAUAGCUCCACAACAGAUGCUUCUCAGUUAGGAAUUGCUGGAGAUUACAUUGGUGGCAGUCACUAUGUGAUACAGCCUCACGAUGACACAGAAGACAGCAUGAAUGAUCAUGAAGAUACAAAUGGCUCAAAAGAGAGUUUUAGAGAACAAGAUAUAUAUCUUCCAAUUGCAAAUGUGGCAAGGAUAAUGAAAAAUGCCAUACCCCAAACAGGAAAGAUUGCUAAGGACGCAAAGGAAUGUGUACAAGAGUGUGUAAGUGAAUUCAUCAGCUUUAUAACAUCAGAAGCAAGUGAGAGGUGUCACCAAGAGAAAAGAAAGACCAUCAAUGGAGAGGAUAUUCUCUUUGCCAUGUCUACCUUGGGGUUUGAUAGCUAUGUUGAACCUUUGAAGUUAUACCUCCAGAAGUUCAGAGAGGCAAUGAAAGGAGAAAAGGGAAUUGGGGGAACAGUUACAACUGGAGAUGGUCUAAGUGAGGAGCUCACAGAAGAAGCAUUUACUAACCAGUUGCCAGCAGGCUUAAUAACCACAGAUGGCCAACAGCAGAAUGUUAUGGUCUACACAACAUCAUAUCAACAGAUCUCUGGUGUUCAACAAAUUCAAUUCUCAUGAUUUUGAAGAAAACUUUCCAUCUGGGAACACAAGACUGAAAACGUGCAACUCUAACGAAGAGGCAGUUUUAAUGACUGGUGAAGAGAUUUAUCUCUUUGUAUAUUAAAUAGCUGUAAUGUAGCUACCAGAAGCUUGACUAAUUGAGGUGUGAGUUCUGACUCAAAUCUUUUUCAUGAUGAUUUUAAAGAAAUAAUUGGAUUUUAAAGGUAUUAAAGUAUUUUUGUUUUGUACAAGAGUUUGUUGCUCUGUAUAACUCCUGUAUGCAUUGUAUAUUGCAAUUUAUUACUGUCAGAGAUUUGUAGACAGUUUCUUAUUUUCAUAUUGAAUCAUGUUACUUUUGUAAUUCAGGUAAACAGCUGGGUUAAUUCAUGUUUACCCUUUGAAUAAAAUUGUAAGGGUAAAGUUCAUUUUUGAAUGCAAGUUGCCUUUAUUAUAAAGAUUGAGUUAGUCUUGGUUAUGUAAUUUGUCUUGCAUGACAACCUCAACUAACUUUACAUGUCAGCUUAUUUAUUGAAAUUUUGAAAGGGACUUUUUCCUCAUGAAACUAGCAGCUCAAAAGAAUUGCUACAAUUGUUUUUUCUAAUGUAACUUCUGAAUUAAAGGUUAAUCAAAACCAAUGAAUUCUCUACUACGUUUAGAACUUUAGGGCUUACCAACAGUAUUAAUGAAAGCACUGACUGUGCGAUGCAGGUUUUUCUUUCUUUAAAAUUUUUUUCAGUUGCAUUAACUCUCUUUAGACUUACUUUGAUACUUUUAAGGUAGUCUUUCUGCUGUUGAAAUAACUCUUCCUUUUUAUGUAUGGUUUUUAGAAUCCCAAACUUAGAAAUCCAAGGGUAGGGGGGAUUUUAUAAUCCUUGUGGUAAAAGAUCUCAUUUUAACUUUUUACUGAAAUGUUUUAACGUUUCUUGUGAGCCUAUGGGAACUCAAAAGUGGUAGUGACUUUCUGUGUCCAGGCUGCGUGGUGUGUGUGUGUGUGAGGGUGUGUGCAUGAGUGGCUGACAGCUGAACAAGUGAUACAAAUCUGAAAUGGAAGAUGGACUUCAGGAUUGCUGUCUCUUGCCUGGUUUUGCAAUAGACUCUACCUAGGUAAUGUAGUUCUGUAUAUUUAGUGAGCUGUUCUUGGUGACAUUGCUGUUUCUUUAAUAAUUGGGUGGGUAAUUUUGUUGCCUUGUCUUAGCCUAUUAGGGUAGGGAUGGGGGUUUUAGUAAUAUCUUACUCAGACUGAAUUUUGGGACCUUUGUACUGUUUGCAGUGGACUGAAAUGUAAUAUAUUAAUUAUCUUUCCACAUGCCUGUUAUUAAUUUAAGCAAACCACACCUUGA